GGAAGAGAAGAAGGAAAAUAAUUUCCAUUAUGCUAAGGGAAUCAUCAAAGGCGAUCUAGGAGAACGAAGCAAGAGUACUUGCGGAGUGCUAUUGUUGGAGAUGGAAUGGGGACUAUGGUGGCAAGGAACCCGAGAGGCAAAAGUGGAAGAUUUUACUGGAAUUAGAAAAACAAUCAAACCUCUGGAAGAAUCAGGGGAUUUAGUUCGCAGAAUUGAUGAAGAGGUUCGCAGAUUAUCGCUUGUGCAGCUUUGUUCCCUUUCUUUAAAGAAAAGUGUGGAGAUGUUGCAGCUAUUGCGGUUUCAUCAGAUUGCCGUGGACAAGGACAGGGAGAUAAAUUGCUCGAUUACAUUUUUGACAAAAAAAGCGUCAGCUCUUGGACUUGAGAUGCUUUUUCUGCUAACAACGAGAACAGCUGACUGGUUUGUGAGACGCGGGUUUCAGAAAUGUUCAAUCUCGAUGAUACCAGAGGCAAGACAAGAAAGAAUCAAUAUUUCGAGGAGAUCAAAGUAUUACAUGAAGAAGUUAUUGCCAGACAGGAGUGGGAUCUCUGUUGUUCGUACAUUUCAGUUUGGCUCAUGAGAAUGUCGAGAAGAAUGUAAUUGACAUAGAAUUUUUUUGCUCAAUGUAUAAGAUUAUGUUGAGUUUUGAAUGAAUCAACAUUAUUUCCAACGCCA